GCGAGCGGAAGUAAAAGAGAGCUUUCCCGGCUAGGGAGGAAGUUUAUCGGCGCACCCUCAGCCAAAGGUGGCGGAGAAAUACCUUGCAAGGGGUUCCUGUGGGUGCUAAUGACAGGGGACCCCGGACAGAUUUACGGGUAUACACUGUGCUAUUGCUAGGUUGGAGCCAGAUCACCAAGAACUGGCAGGUGGGAGGACAGGAAUGCUAUGCUCAAGCUUUGUAGUAGCCAAGUCCGCUUAUAUUCCACAUUUUCCUUAAUAGCGAGAAGUGAACGACGCUCCCUCCAUCUGUCUUGGGAAGUUUUUCAGGGAACCCUAACGAAAAGUGUCGCUGAAGUACUAAGACCAGAGCUGCAGAAUCAUUUUUAUCCUGCACUUAGCCAAAUGUGCGUAGGGAAGGUUUUAGUGGCUCUUGCCGGAAGUGUGGCUAAGGUUAGUGAGAACACUGGGCUUUGACGUACGUAGGGGGGUCAGAGCCUUGUUUUAGCUAUGAAUCACUUAGCGCCGAAAGUGUUCCUGGGUAGAACUGCCGCUUGGAGGCGGGACAGGAAGUGUUCUCCAGAAGGAGGUUUCGUGGGGAAGCUUUUGCGACUAGGACACUUCCUGUAAUCUAGUAACAAUAGGAAGUGUCCGCGGAGCCUGAGGUAGACUCCCGGCUCAUGUAAGCUGCGGCCUUUUUCUUCUGUCUCCUUCUCCCUCUUCUCAUGGCCCUCUUUCCCUCUCCUCCUGCUUCCCAGGAGCCCUGGCGGAGUGUGUGUGUGUGUGGGAGAGCGAGAGUCCCCACCAGGCACCCCUUGGGACGCGCGGCUGCAGUUAGGGUGACGGUCCCACUGCGCAGGCGCGCUCCCGUUCGCGGUCCCCCAGGACGUACCCGCGGCGGGAACAAGAAGGGGCUAUCCUUGCGAGGCCUUGGCCCCACCACCAGAGGGAAGAUGUUGCCACCUGCCUGCUCUUCCUGAACUUACAGGCUUUUGCCAUACUUCCCCAUGGAGGACACACCCACCUCACUCAGCUGUUCUGACUGUCAGUGCCAUUUUCCUAGCCUUCUGGAACUGUCACAGCACUGUGAACUGCUCCAUCCGUCUUCCAGCCAGGACAGUGGGGAGGCUGAGAGUAUCCCUCGGCCCUACCGCUGCCAGCAGUGUGGACGGGGCUACCGUCACCCAGGGAGCUUGGUCAACCACCGCCGGACCCACGAGACUGGCCUUUUCCCAUGUACCACCUGUGGCAAAGACUUCACCAAUCCCAUGGCCCUCAAGGGCCACAUGAAGACUCAUGCUCCUGAGGGCCGCCCCAGGCACAGGCCCCCUGGCCGCAAGGAAACCACUCCAUGCCUCCAGGGGGAGACAGUGUCCACUGACUCCUGGGGCUUGAGGCUUGGCCCUGGGGAAAGCUGGGAAAAUGAGAAAAAACAUGCUGAAGAGACACCUGGCAGUGAGUCUGGGCCUGACCCUAGGGUAGCUCUGAAUACUUGGGAAGAUCCACCCACCAGACAAAGAGAAGGCUGGGUUAGCCAGCCAGAUCCUGAGGUGCGUGCAGAGGGCUUGGGACCAACCACCAACUCUACCGGAGCCCCAGUGCUCCUCACCCCAGCCAACAGCCUCCUUAGCAAUUUAGAACAAUAUUUGGCUGAAUCAGUAGUGAAUUUCACAGGGGGCCAGGAGUCCACCCAGUCCCCUCCAACUGAGGAGGAACGGCGGUACAAGUGUACUCAAUGUGGCAAGACUUACAAACAUGCUGGGAGCCUCACCAAUCACCGCCAGAGCCACACCCUGGGCAUCUACCCUUGUGCUAUCUGCUUCAAGGAGUUCUCUAACCUCAUGGCUCUGAAGAACCACUCCCGACUCCAUGCUCAGUAUCGGCCUUAUCAGUGUCCCCAUUGCCCCCAUGCCUUUCGGCUCCCUCGAGAGCUGCUGGAACACCAGCAAUCCCAUGAGGGUGAAAGGCAGGAGAGGCUAUGGGAAGAGAAAGCGAUGCUCACCACCAAUGGGCACACAGAUAAGCACUGCCAAGACCAACUCCCUAAUACACAUAUACCGAAUGGCUCUGGGAACCUCAGCACCUCUGGGGAACUGGAGGACAGUGGCUUGGAAGAGUACCGGCCUUUCUGUUGUAGGGACUGUGGCCGUACUUACCGCCAUGCUGGGAGCCUCAUCAACCAUCGCAAGAGCCACCAGACAGGUGUCUACCCCUGUUCCAUCUGUUCCAAGCAGCUGUUCAAUGCAGCUGCCCUCAAAAACCAUGUGCGGGCUCAUCACAGACCCCGGCAAGGAGCUGGGGAAGAGGAGCAGCCCUCAGUGCCACCAGCUCCCUUGUGUCUGACUGAGAUUACCCAUAAAGAGAAGGAGAUUCCCACCACCCUGGACCACCGGCCCUAUAAGUGCAGUGAGUGUGGUCGGGCUUACCGACACCGGGGGAGCCUAGUGAACCACCGGCACAGCCAUAGAACAGGAGAGUACCAGUGCUCACUGUGUCCCCGGAAGUAUCCUAACCUAAUGGCCCUGCGCAACCAUGUCCAGGUACAUUGCAAGGCUGCUCGUUGCAACACAGGCCCAGAAGUUAAGGGUCCCCCCAGCCACCUCAAAGUGGAGCUCCCACCUAACUCAGUGGGAGCAGAAGCAGCCCCACAUACAGAACAAAGAUGUAGUUGUGAACAUGAAGAGGAGGCCAUUAAUUCCCCUCCAGCAGCAGACAGUACAGCAUCACAGAUAUGUAGCACGUGUGGGAUGCUCUUUGAAGAUCCUGAGAGCCUUGGACAUCACAGCCAGACCCAUGGGGAAAGGGAAAACAGCAGGACAGAGACGAGGGUGUCACCUCCUCGGACAUUUGCCUGCCAAGACUGUGGAAAGAGCUAUCGCCAUUCAGGCAGCCUUAUCAACCAUCGGCAGACCCAUCAGACUGGGGACUUCAGCUGUGGAUCUUGUGCCAAGCACUUCCACACCAUGGCCGCCAUGAAGAACCAUUUGCGCUGCCACAGUCCACGGUGGAGCAGGUGGUACUGGAGGCGGGCUGGCGGUGCUAGUUGUGUGGGAGAAGCCAAGCGCCCAUCAGGAGAGAACUGGGCCCAGGAAUUGGAGGACAAUGAGGGCCUGGACUGUCCUCAAGACCCUUCAGGGGAAAGUCCUAGUGGAGCUGAAGGCAACUUGGAAAGUGAAGGGGGCUCUUUGCAGGAUGAAGUUGAAAGGGACAAAUGUGGACCCGAGAGGCAUAAGGCCUGUUUCCAGGGUGAUAAAGCAAGCAGAACCACUGAGGAAGGGCUCAAAAAGAAGGAGGCCUGUUUCCUUGACAACUUUGACCUCCCAGGCAAUGAGGAAAGCAGAGGGACUCGCUUUGAUGAUGGCCUCCCUGGGGUGGAUAAAGACCAGAAACCAGCUGCUGGCCAGCUCAGCUCCUCUUCCCACUCCGGUGAAGCCGUCACUGGCUGUCAGGCUGAGGUCUCAUACAUGUGUCCUGACUGUGGGCAUUCUUUUCCCCAUGCCACAGGCCUGAGCCACCAGCCCUGCCACCCACCAGGCAUCUAUCAGUGUUCCCUCUGCCCAAAGGAGUUUGACUCUCUGCCUGCCCUACGCAGCCACUUUCAGAACCAUGGGCCUGGGGAGGCAGCCUCAGCACAGCCUUUCCUCUGCUGCCUCUGUGGCAUGAUCUUCCCCGGGAAGGCUGGCUAUAGGCUUCACUGGCACCAGGCUCAUGACUCCUCUGGCAUGACUGAGGGCUCGGAGGAGGAAGGGGAACAGGAAGGGGCAACAGGGGCAGCUUCCACCCGCAGCCCCACACUGCAGCCAUCAGAGGCAGAACUGCUGAAUCAGCUGCAGCGGGAGGUGGAGGCGCUAGAUGGAGCAGGUUAUGGACACAUCUGUGGUUGCUGUGGUCAGACCUAUGAUGACCUGGGGAGUCUGGAGCGUCACCACCAAAGUCAGAGUUCUGGGAACACCACAGACAAGGCUCCCAGCCACCUUGGAGGUGAUGCCACCAGAAUGGCUGCAGAUGGUGUCUUUGAGGGCACAGUGACCUCUAUGUCUGGGGAGGGUAGAGACACAAAGUCUGGAGUGGGUGUAGGUGCCAUGGUUGUAGACACCCUUUGUAUGCAGGGUGGGGAAAGUUCUCUGGAGACUCAGCCCCGCCCCUUCCGUUGCAACCAGUGCGGCAAGACCUAUCGCCAUGGGGGCAGCCUGGUGAACCACCGCAAGAUCCACCAGACCGGAGACUUCAUCUGCCCUGUCUGCUCUCGCUGCUACCCAAACCUGGCUGCCUACCGUAAUCAUCUGAGAAACCACCCACGCUGCAGAGGCUCUGAGCCCCAGGGGAGUGCCACCUCAGAGGCAGGAGGCAGCAGUAAGCCCCAGAACCUGGCAGGAGAGGGGUUGGUGCAGUCAGAAGAGGGGAAGUUCCAGGCAGAGCUUAAAGCAGAGCCCCUGGAGGAGGUGGCAAAUACAAAAGAAGAGGUAUGGAAGGAGAUCCCUGUGAAGGGGGAGGAGGUGGAGCCAAGGUUAGAGACUGCAGAGAAGGGCUGCCAGACUGAGGCUAGCUCUGAGCGGCCCUUCAGCUGUGAGGUAUGUGGCCGGUCGUACAAACAUGCCGGCAGCCUCAUCAAUCACCGGCAGAGCCACCAGAUUGGCCACUUUGGCUGCCAGGCCUGCUCCAAAGACUUCUCCAACCUCAUGUCCCUCAAGAACCAUCGACGUAUCCAUGCAGAUCCCCGACGCUUUCGCUGCAGUGAGUGUGGCAAGGCCUUCCGCCUGCGGAAACAGCUGACCAGCCACCAGCGGGUCCAUGCUGAGCGGGGUGGGGGUGGGGGCACCCGAAAGCUGACCCGGGAAGAUCGGCCCUUCCGGUGUGGGCAGUGUGAGCGGACUUACCGCCACGUAGGCAGCCUUCUGAACCACCGACGCAGCCAUGAGACAGGCCAAUACAGCUGUCCAACCUGGCCUAAGACCUACUCCAACCACAUCAUUCUAAAGGACCACCAGAGGCUGCACUCAGAGAGCCACAAGUGGCGAGCAGGGCGAUCCUGGCAGGCAGCUCUGUGCUGUGCCCUCUGUGGCCAGGGCUUCCCUGGCCAGGGAUCUCUGGAGCGGCACCUGAGAGACCAUGAGGAGACUGAAAGUAGUCAGGGAGGCCCUGAGGGCAGUGAGGGGUACCUGGUUAAUGAUCAGAGACCACAGGACAGAUCGGGUGGUACUGAGUCAGUACCCCAGCUGGAAGAUGGAGCCAUGAGGUCCAGGGAGCAGAGUCAGAGUCCCAUCAGGGCAGCAGGUUCAGAAGCCACAGAGUCAGUGUCCCAGGGCAUGGGGAAAGUAGGUGGGUGGCAAGGAGAUGGGGGACCAGUGAAUCAUAAAGGUUGGGUUCCUGAGGGUACUGACCAAGCCAGAUGAGUCAGAAGUCAAUGUUCCCAGGAGUCUGUGCCACAUUGGCAACAGCCAGCUCAGUGACCUAGUCUGAAUCACGUGGAUAGCUGGGAUAGUGGAAACACCAGCCCUCAGCUCCAGCCAGAGAGCCACCCCUUUUCCUGCAGCCAUUGUGGCAAGACGAACUGCCAAUUGGAAGGCCUCUUAAACCACCACAACACCCACAAGAUAGACCACCACUAUUGCCUGCUCUGCUGCAAGAAGUUCUUGAAUUAUGUGGCCACUAAGAGCCACACCGCUGCCUAGACCUUUGCCUGCCCUGACUGUGGAAAGGCCUUUCAGUCCCACCAGGAACUAGCCAGCCACCUGCAGACUCAUGCCAGGAGCCUCAGUCAGAUGCCACCCCAGGUAGAAGAGGCCACAGGUUCCAAAGCUGGGACUAUGGAGGAUAAAAUGGAUCUUCCUGGCCAAGGGAAAUCCCAGAGGGCCCUGUCAGAACUCUCCAGAACCCCAGGAAAGAGUGCUGGGAGAGCUAACAGAGGGCAAGGAGGAAAGUCCACAGUGGCUGAAGACGAGGAGUGGCCCUUCCGCUGUGCCCAGUGUGGGCGUUCCUACCGCCAUGCUGGUAGCCUGCUGAACCACCAGAAGGCCCACAGCACUGGGCUUUACCCCUGCUUCCUUUACCCCCAAACUUCUCCCCAACCUACUGCCCCUUAAGAAUCAUGACAGAACCCAUACGGACCCCCGACGCCACUGCUGUGACAUCUGUGGCAAGGCCUUCCCGACAGCUGCCUGGCUGGAGGGCCAUGGGCAUGUCCAUGCACCCUGGGAGGGACCUUUCAGCUGCCCCCAAUGUCCCCCCCCCCCGCCACUUCUGCCGCCAAGCCAGCUUCCUGCAGCACCAACAACAGCACUGGGAGGCGUGGAUGGUGAGCAGCUCUGGUUAUGGGGCAUGGAUGGGCUUGUGUGGAGGAUUCAGGGCCCCAGAAGAGGUGGGCAUGUGGUGGAGGGAAGGCCUGUGCCCAGAUGGGUAGGGGAGCAAGGAGUGAACAGAGAACCACACGAAUUCCCAGAGAGGGCUCGGAGCUUGGAUAUGGAGCGAGAAAGUGGUUUGGAGGGUGCUGCCUUUUGGGCUGCUGAGAUCUGCAUCCCCUGGGUCAGGAGCCCCAAAAGCACCAGCGGCAGGCAGACGGGACUUGUCAUUUUUCUCCACCCCCGUCAGCCCCACUUCUGGACCCUUCACCCCAAUGGCCUGCAGACCUCAGCUUCCCCCUCUGAAGUUCAAGUCUCCAAAGAUCACCACACUGGGUAGUGGGGCGGGUUGCCGGGAAAGGCUUGAUAUCCAUGUUUUGCUCAGGAGUAGUUUGGCGUCCCCAUCUCUUGUUCUUCUCUCCUAUGAGGAGGACCCAGAUCUGGCUUAAGAAGGGGGUGAGGUGUUCCUCAUGUCCCUGACCUUGAAGGACCUCCUUCCCCCAGCCUUUGUCACCAUGGUCUUCCGUGUGACUAGCCCUGUAAGAAAUCCAGUGCCAGGCUCUGCCAUGAUGCUGGGCCACCCUCACCAGCCAGAUUCCAACAUCAGGGAGAGGCAGAUUCAGAGAGAGCCACAGGUGGGACUGUUGCCUGUGGGAGGGGAGCCUUUUGCUACAAUUUGUAACUUAUUUUCUAAAGUCUAUUUUGUAACAAUUUAUUUAAGUUUUAAAGGAAAAUUGCUCCCCGCCAAAAAAGAAAUUUCCAAAGUACA